AGGGAAGCAAGCAGCGACGAAUUGAAAUUGAAAGUAAACCUGUGAAAUGUGGAGUAUUGGAAGGCAGCAUGAAGGAAUUGGAAAUGAGUAGAGAGGGAUAGAGAAGUAGAGUAAUGGAAUUACAGUGAUAACAGUAAUGAAGGAGAAGGAUCUGAAAGAUGAAUAGCAUCAACGACGACAACUGCAGACAAGAUCUCGACCCUCAAAGUGACCACAGUUCCGACUAUUUAGCUCACUCUCUUCCUCUCCAACCUCAGCCCCAGCCCCAGCCUCGCCGCCCUCGUGGCUUCGCAGCCACGUCUGCGGCGGCUACCGGCGCUCCCAAUUCCGCCGGAAAGGGCAAGAAAGAGAGAGAGAAAGAGAAGGAGCGCACCAAGCUCCGAGAGCGUCACCGUCGAGCAAUCACUAGCCGUAUGCUCGCCGGCCUCCGUCAAUAUGGUAAUUUCCCUCUCCCGGCGCGUGCUGACAUGAAUGAUGUGCUUGCUGCCCUCGCCCGUGAGGCUGGUUGGGUUGUCGAGGCAGAUGGUACCACCUACCGUCAGUGCCCGCCUCCUUCGCAAAUGGCAUCAUUUGCUGCGGGGUCAGUUGAAACCCCACUCUCUGCAGGUUCUUUAAGAGCUUGCACUGCUAAAGAAACACUAGAGAAUCAGCCACAAGUACUUAGAAUUGAUGAAAGCUUGUCACCUGCAUCCAUUGAUUCUGUUGUAAUUGCAGAGAGGGAUUCAAAGAAUGAGAAAUAUCCAAGUGCAAGCCCUAUCAAUCCAGUUGACUGCUUGGAGGCUGAUCAGCUCAUGCAGGAUAUUCAUUCUGGGGUGCAUCGGAAUGAUUUUACAGGCACUCCUUAUGUUCCUGUUUAUAUAAAACUUCCAGCUGGUAUUAUUAACAAAUUUUGCCAGUUGAUUGAUCCUGAAGGACUUAGACAGGAGCUAAUUCACAUGAAGUCUUUAAAUUUUGAUGGUGUCAUUGUGGAUUGUUGGUGGGGCAUUGUGGAAGGCUGGAGCCCACAGAAAUAUGUGUGGUCUGGCUAUAGGGAGCUCUUUAACAUUGUUAGAGAAAUCAAGUUGAAGUUGCAGGUUGUUAUGGCUUUUCAUGAAUAUGGAGGGGAUGAUUCUAGUGAUCCGCUCAUUGCCCUCCCGCAAUGGAUUUUGGAGAUUGGAAAAGACAACCGGGAUAUUUUUUUCACAGAUCGUGAAGGACGGAGGAAUACUGAAUGUCUUUCUUGGGGCAUUGACAAAGAGAGAGUUCUGAAAGGAAGAACUGGAAUUGAGGUCUAUUUUGAUUUCAUGAGAAGCUUUCGGACAGAGUUUAAUGACCUGUUUGCUGAGGGCCUCAUUUCUGCUGUAGAAAUUGGACUUGGGGCAUCUGGGGAGCUGAAAUAUCCUUCUUUUUCGGAAAGGAUGGGAUGGAGGUACCCUGGUAUUGGUGAGUUUCAGUGUUAUGAUAAAUAUCUGCUACAAAGUCUACGCAGAGCAGCCAAAUCACGUGGUCACACUUUCUGGGCUAGAGGACCUGAUAAUGCUGGACAAUACAAUUCUAUGCCACAUGAAACUGGAUUCUUUUGUGAGCGGGGCGAUUACGACAGUUAUUAUGGGCGCUUCUUCUUGCAUUGGUAUGCCCAGUCAUUAAUAGACCAUGCAGAUAAUGUUUUGUCUCUUGCAAGCCUGGCUUUUGAGGAAAAAAGACUAAUUGUCAAGGUUCCUGCUGUAUACUGGUGUUACAAGACUGGUAGUCAUGCAGCAGAGUUGACGGCAGGAUAUCACAAUCCUGCGAACCAGGAUGGAUACUCUCCUGUUUUUGAGGUUCUAAAAAAACAUGGUGUGACCAUGAAGUUUGUCUGCUUAGGAUUUCAGCUUUCUAGUCAGGAAGCUGACGAGUCAUUGGCUGACCCAGAGGGCUUGACUUGGCAGGUAUUGAACUCAUCCUGGGAUCGAGGGUUGAUAGUAGCUGGAGAGAAUGCAAUGCCUUGUUAUGAGAGAGAAGGAUUCAAGAGACUAGUUGAUAUCGCGAAGCCAAGAAAUGAUCCUGAUCACCACCUCUUUUCAUUUUUUGCAUAUCAACAACCUUCCAUGGUUCAGGGGAAUAUUUGCUUGCCAGAGUUGGAUCACUUCAUCAAAUGUAUGCAUGGUUAAAAUCAGGUUGGCUCUAAUCCUCCUAUUUGCCACCCCUGUUCGAGCUGUUAUGACAAUCUUGCUUGACUUGCUAAAUAUAAUGCCCUGAUUGCCCUAUCAUUAUUAUACGUGGACUUGUGCCCCGGAUGGAACCUGAAGAGGCAAAGAAAUAAGAAGAUUGAUACAAUAAAAGGAAUUCUAUCUUUAUUGGGCAACCUCUUCCCUUUCCAAUAAGAAAGGAGUAGGAACUUCAAUCACACUUUAGUCUAGAGAAUUUCAUUGCCUGAACCAGAGUGUUGUGUUUCAAUUUUAAAGGAAUUCCCCUUUCUUUAUUGGCCAACUCUUCCCUUUCCAAUUAUAGAAUUUUUUUUUUUUGUUGUUGUUUGGGGGCGGGAGUUGAAGGAGUUUUAAAAAUCACUAGAAUUUCUGUGAUCAUUUUGAAAAACUAAAUAAGAUGUGGUGCCGUUCUUGCAUGCGCUGCAAUUUAACUUUAAA